CAGAGAUGCUGGAGGGCUCUGCUGGGGUGGAGGCGCCGCUGGAGGAGGUGUACGCCGCGAUCGCUGACGCGCAGCCGGAGCAGCAAGCUGCAUACUCUAGCUGGAUCGGCGGCGUCGACACUGAAGCGGAGGCGGCUGCUGCGGCGGCGGCGGGGUGCAUUCUCGACGUCGGCUCGGGCACACUCACUUACGCAGCCGAUUUCGCCCCGCCCGAGCUCUGCUUUGACUUGCUCUACUGCCGGCACGGAAAGACGACGGGCAACACCGAGCCGCGCGUGUACCAGGGCUUCGUCGACGAGCCCGAGAACGCGCUCAACGAGGUUGGACUGGCGCAGGCGGAGGAGGCGGCGGAGCGUCUCGAGGCGCUCGGCGUCGCCCCGGAUCUGGUGGUGCUCUCGCCGCUCUCCCGCGCCUCCGAGACGGGGAUGGCGUGGGUGCGGCGGCAUCCUGAGGCGGCGGGGCUUGUCGAGACGUGGGACGAGACGGCCGAGAUGCGCUUCGGCGCGUGGGACAACGUCAAGGUCAAGGACUUGCCCGCCGACUCGAUCUGCCACCUCUUUUACCUCGCGCAAAACGCGCUCGUCCGGUCGGCGGCGCCGUACACCCGGCCGGCCGACGGAGCGGCCUUCGAGUCGGAGUCGUUUGUGCAGCUGCUGACGAGGAUGGGAGCCGUGCUGGACAAGCUCGAGGCUCGCAUGGCCCCGCUCGCGGCCGAGCGUGCCGCCGCCGGCAAGCCGCCCCCCCUCGUCCUGAUGUACGGCCACUCGAUGGCCGGCGCGGCGCUGGGCGUGCUCACGGGCAACGGCAAGCGGGUGGACGGCGAGGGCUACCUCGGCUUCGACGGGAAGUACAUCCUGCCAAACGCGACCCCCGUCUACCUGCACCGCUGCCGCUGAGCCGCCGCCGCCGUUGGCUGCCGCGCCGAGCUUCCGACGGCUGGCGGGGCCGGUUGGUGCCGUGGCGCGGACUUUGGCCGGCGGCACCCUCACGGCGGCGAGAGCUCAGGCCGCUCUCGACCGCCACAGUCGCCACCCUCCCCUCUCUACAUGCAUGCGUUGGUGACGGCGAUUGCCGAGAUCGAGACCCCCUGGUUUGUGACGGGCGCGUAUAUGUUCCGUGUUUGAUCGGUGGAGUCAGAGAAAUAUCGUCCCGCCGGGAGUCAUGUCUCAUGAGAGAUGUGACUUUUGUGCGGAGGUGCACGAGAGACUCUAGUUGCAUUAGUCUGUGGUGC